CCUGGGCGGGCGCGGUCGGGUGUGGUUCCACGGUCCCACGAGCUCGCCUCCGGGCCGAGGCGCCUCCCGUCGGGCUAGGCGGGUCGGGUCGGAGACCCACGGCCCAUCCUGCGGCCUUUGUGCAGCUCCGGCUCAGCCCGGCGACUCUGCGCGCCUGGCUGAGCCGGCUUUUUAAAUGAUGCCUCAGACCCGAGCAGGAAGUGUCGUCAGGAGGCCAUUUUUAAAGCCUCUUGGCCUCAGAGGCUGGCUUGAGGCGGCUUUAGCUUUCGGCUUUUGGAAGACACCCUAUCUGCUUCUGGCCGACCCUCAGGGGACGCGACGGUGCGGGCUCUCUCGUAUCCGCGCCUCGCUCAGCGCCGUGCGGCGCCCUGGCCUCGCCCGGGAGAGCGUGCAUCCCUGCGAGCGCGCCAACAAUAAACUUGAGGACCACGCUGGCAUUGUCUUUGGAGCGGGUGUCGGGGUGGGCCUGUCCACAGAGGACCUAAUCGUGGGUGGGAUGAGGCUGGUGUCACCUUUUGUGGGACAGCUCCAUCACAGCUUUUCAGAUUUAUCUUGUUGCUUGGGGUUGAGGUGGGUGCAGAUGAAGGCUAGGGAAAGGGUGCAGAAGAGGGGAAAGAACCAGUGCAAAGUUUAUGACCCGAAAAAGGAAAACCAAAAGAUAGAAGAAGAUAUCGAACUCCCCUUAUGAUUGUUGGGCAUUUGACAUAUCCCUUUAAACUACUUCUGCUCUUAAAGCAUAGAAUACCAACGAUAUUUAUCAUAAAAACGUGAAACAUCAGCACAUUGUCCUAUUGAAAAGUAGCCUACCAACCCAACUCAACGUUGUGCUUGAGGCCUUACAACACUACCUUAAGUUUAGAAUUGAAAUCGCCUUAUAAGAAAAUGCCCUGGGUGCCAAUAACUUGCAGCACUUGGCUACAGAAGAGAAGCCAGCUCGCUUGGAAAGGUGUCUCUGUCCCUCUAAAUUGCACAAAAUUAAGCCCAAUCCAGGACUGUACAGGAGAGCAUGCCCUUGCCGAGGAUUUCUUGAAGCCCAGUAAGUAUUUGUAUGUUUGAAGCGUCAUAUUCAGCUUUUUAAAUUGUAGGCAUUGCCUUUAUCCAAUACAAGCAUUUAUUAAAAAAUUUUUUUCUUGUCUUGGAUCUGGUAGUGAGCCCUGAUAAGGCUAACACAUGACAUACCCAGCCAUGUUAUAGUGGUGGCUAUUGAAGAGUAAAGGAGAGCCUUGCCUUGUCUCUUGUCCUCCUGAGUCGCUCAUUUUCACACUCAUUUAAAGAAACCUAUAUAUUCUUUCUUAUCUAUCUGCCUUUAAGUAAGAGGGUCUGGGACAGUGUUUGUGCGAGAGGCAGAACAAAGAGCAGGUUAAUAAUUGUCACUGCGAAGGCUGCCAUUUUCUUCGCUCCCUCCCUUUUAUCCUCUGAGCCAGUCCAACGAUGGGCUCUUCCUGUCCAAGCCUGCUGUUGCUGUGGUAAGUAGGGUCCUUCCCCAGUGAUGAUUUUCCCUGCCUUGAUUGUUCCUAAACUGCCUUUGAUCUCCUUUGCUACCCUGCAAAUCCAACUGCCUGCAGAGAAGUGGCUGGAACCUUCUAAUCCAGACCACUCCUUCACAGGUGGGAGUGGGAGACACAGGAUAACCUGGGACGGUUUCUGAACCCAUAGUGUGCCCUUCCCCAGGAAGGGCGCCAUCCAUUGCGAUUAGGUCACAAAGUUCCUGGGAACCCUUUCUUUUUAAGCUUGGAUUGGCUACCGUUGAGAAGCACUUUGAAGGUUUAUUCGUUUUGUCUUUCCUACAAUAAAUGUCUCCAGGAGACCACAGCUUGCAGAUCCCAGACUUAUACCCGAGUGUCUGACUCUGUUGCAGGCCAAUUGGCACAGCCCUGGCUUCUGUGCCUACAUGAAAAAAAAACCAGGGCCUGACGUCCUGAGACCUAUGGUCCUCAGUGUCUGAGAAGGCCUGAAAAAGAAGGAAGAGCCUCCGAGACUUGCUACACUCUUGACUUCUGGGCCUGGAAGAACAGUGCCCAAGAAAUCAGGGAUCCUGGCUGCGACCUCAGCUCACAAGACCAGAGUUUGGACCGAAUGCUGGCUGCUAUCACUUCCCACGUCAUUGUGACCUAGAAAAGCCACAUACCACCUCCAGGCCUAUCGUUUUGAAAGAAGCAGUGUUGCCUGGAAACAGAAUUGAAAGCAUGCUGUGGUUCAUGUAUUUCCUGUGAAAGGACACGAAACGUGAUUGAUUGAUUGUUACAUAUUUACCAAGAAGUGUCUGCGGCUCCACCAGUCACUGGGUCUGCGGGAAGGAUGUCUACAGAGGAUUUUAUCAAAUGACAUCUUCGAUUUCAGCUGGCUAUGUGGGUAUGCAGAUAAAGAAGAUGAAGGACAUCGGAGAACAGCUGUAUACCACACAAGUGAAUGGUGGACCAAGUUCUUUGACCAUGUCCCCCAAACAGCCUAGUUGUAAUAGAGCAACCCGGCCAGACAGACAGGAAGCACAGACCUUGUUGUACCAAGGCUCAGAGGCAGAGACUGCCACAAUGACCAUUGCUACCUGUGUACAGUGCAAAAGUGUCCACAAGGUCCCGCCUCAAGACUUAAGGAAGGGCCCCGGGCAGAGCCAGAAGGAAGAUGCGUAUGUCUGCUUCAAAUGCAGCCUUCGCACGAUACCUACCCAGCUGCAUUUUGUGAGCAGUAACCCUGCUGCUGUUCUUGUCCGAAAUGAGACCGAAACCAUCUCAAGCCCUGUAAAUAACAAAUUUAAGGUUAGGAACUUCAAGCCGGGCAAAUACUACUGUGAUAAAUGUCGCUUCUCCACCAAGGACCCACUGCAGUACAGAAAGCACACACUGCAGCAUGAGGAGAUCAAGUUCAUCUGCUCCCACUGUAGCUACAUCUCCUACACGAAGGGGGAGUUCCAGAGGCACCUGGUGAAGCACACAGGCGUCUUCCCUUACCGCUGUGAGUACUGCGACUAUGGCGCUAUCCGCAAUGACUACAUUGUCAAGCACAGGAGAAGGGUCCAUGAGAGGGCCGGUGCCAAACGACCGCUCAAAACCGUUGCCAAGCUGGAGCCCAAGAGAACCAACAUUGCAAAGCAGAGCCCAGAACUCUUGAAGGCCCCCAGUCCCAGGGCUACCUUCCAGAACAAGUUAUCAGAGCAGUUAUCUCGAUUCUCUCUCCACACAAACAAAGACAAGACACACAGCGUGAUGUUGUUACCUGAACUAAAGAAGUACCAAAAAGAUGUAGUGUGUAUUCCCAACAAAAUGGCCCUGUCAGAGCAAAGCGAGGUGAACCUGUUGGGGAAUAAGAACGUUGAGGUGGAAAUCCUGUCCCCCUCCAAGGAGCCUGUGCAGCCGGGUUUGCCGCUGACGGUCAUGGCGCCCUCGGAGCUGGUGGUCCCCACCAACUGUCUAGCCCAGUUGAUCGAUGUGAAGGUUGUCAAUGGUACACAGCAGCUUGUGCUUAAACUGUUUCCGUUAGAAGAAAACACCCGCCUUGACCCAGGCAGAGGAGAUGGAGGGACCUCCAUGUGUACUAUCAUGGAGAAGGGCUCAGGGGGACAGAAAAAGAUGCUCUCGACGGAAGCAGCAAGGUCGCUAGCAAUGGAAGGGAAUGCUGGAGAGUUUGUGGGCCUUGAUCGGCUGCACUCUUUGGUUCAGAAACAACUUAAAAAUGUGAAGUGGGUCAAGUCUUGCAAUUUCUUCAUGCCCAGUUCUGGUGUGCACAGUCAGCAGGACUCUUUUCUCAGCUCCGAGACAAUUAAAGAUUUGCAGAAAACUCACAGUUUGUGUCCACCUAGAGCCCUUCCCUCUGCUGCCUUAAAAGGUCAUUCUCCAGCCUCUGUACAAAGCAGUGUGUCCUGCAGUCCUGGAGCCACGGUGAACCCUUUCUUGAGUAAAUCAGCAGUUCCUUUGGCUGAAGAAGGAAGGGGUUCCCGCGGUGACUCCCAGCAGCUCCUUCCCCUCACCUCGUUGCCUGCAAAGGUUCCCUUCUCUGCAGAGAAGGGCCUUCUGCCUAUAGGUGAGAGUGACUUAGAAGCCAGGAGUCGGGCUAGUCGUCCUGAGACAGUGGUUCCCCCUGACAGGAAGCUGGAAGACAAACAGGUAGCAAACAAGGCAGUGGGAAAUACAGGCCAGGCUUCCUCCGCACAGAAAAAAGAGUAUUUACACAUAAACAUUACUGCAGAAGAUAAACUGAGGCCCCAACAGCCUGGGGGUCAGCCUGAGCAGCCGAAGAAUUCUGAAAAGACCGGUAACACCUUUGAGGGGCCCAUCAUCUCGUCAGUAUUUUCCUUGAGCUCUGGAACUGAAAAUGUGCCAGAGGGCAUUAAGUGGAAUAGUUCAACAAGCAAAAUAAAGUCCAUCGAGCUGCUUCGCAGGAAGAUCGCACAGUUGAUUGAGUCGUGCGGCAAGCCUUCCUCGUUGUCUGCCAAUAGUGCUCAGCGGCGUUCCGUAGGGCAGGCACCCAAGCUGACUUCAAAAGCAGCUCCCAAGGGUAUUCAGGAAAUGAGUGUGUCUCUUACUGGCCCUGGCCCUAGUUCCGGCCCUUCCGUAGGUCCUCUCCAAAAACCUGAGAGUGAAGGCAGCAUGGCUGGCAGCGGGCAGCUUGCUCCGCAGCAGAUCGGCCCCAAGUUUGUCAGUGGUGACGAUGGGAAAAUGGAGAGCAGAGUGACCAGAAAGACUCCUGUUGCGACUCCAGUGCUGAUCCCCAAAGGGGCUGUGUUGAGGGUCCUUAACUCCUCUGAAGAUGCCCACAUCAUCGAGGCCACCUGUGACACGCCUGUCAGCAUACCCUGCAGUGAAGCCCAGUUAGAACCGCUUCCGUUCUGCCCUGUGAAACAGACCAGCUCAGGCUCCCAGCCUUUGACGUGCAGACGCGGGUCGGCAGACGUGUCCCCCAAUCUGGAGACAUCUCUUCGGCCCAAAUCUAGAAAGGAGGACUCUAUCUGCAGUAGUACCCCUAAGAAAAUCAUCCCUGUGUACAGCACACAGACAGGAAACAAUGACUCCAGCAGGCAAGGGAGGCCCAUUUCUAGGAACCUAACCCUAAGCAAGACCAAAACCAAGCAAGUGAGCUCAGCCAAGAAAAAAAGCAAGCUGCAGGCGGAUCCCAGCCGUGGCCUCAGAGACCCUUCCUCUUUUCAGGUUGCCAGGCAGCUGCGACUCAUAGCUGCCAGGCCAGAUCAGCUGAUCAAAUGCCCCCGUCGGAACCAGCCGGUCAUCGUGCUAAACCAUCCCGACGUGGACUCCCCCGAAGUGAGCAACGUGAUGAAGGUCAUAAACAAGUACCGAGGCAAUGUUCUCAAGGUUGUGCUGUCCGAGAGGACUCGGUGUCAGCUGGGCGUCCGGCGGCACCACGCGCGCCUCACCUACCAGAGCGCAGAUGAGGCGAGCCACAUGAAGAGGCAGAUGAUGCUGAAAAUGAAGCUGAAGAAGGUUCACAAGAACAACUACCAGGUGGUGGGCUCCCUGCCGGACGACCAUGCCCAGUGCGUGUUUAAGUGCUGGUUCUGUGGGCGGCUCUACGAAGACCAGGAAGAGUGGAUGAGUCACGGCCAGCGGCAUCUGAUCGAGGCCACCAGAGACUGGGAUAUUCUUUCUUCAAAGGGCAAAUGAGUCAGAAUUGGUCUUUGAAGCAAAUUGGUUUUCUUCUAGUAUUCGUGGCUUAGGGUUGCACCCUAGACUCUCGAUGCAGUAGAAGGGGUUUGCUUUUUUCCCAGAGUCACCAUAGAUUGAAAGCCCCUUACCUGAGCUCUGUGGCUGGGCUAGGAGAGGUGAGAGACCCCUGAAAUUCUAUUGUUUUCUGUUGAAAGGAAAUAAUACUCUCCACAGGUUUUCGGUGGGAUCUGAGGCCUUCCUUACUUAGUGUUUAUUUUUUUUCUGAGUAGACACUUCUUUCAUAAACCAUUUAGAGGGGCAGGUUUAUGAUUGACAGGCUUCUUGGAUAAAUGCUACUGAAGAGAGAAGCCUGUGUUUUGGUGCACACCUCCACUUUGAUUUUGUUUUGACUCUUUCAGAAUAUUUGGUACAUAAUAGAAAUUUUCUACUUGAUGGGCCAUUUUCAAUUUGGUUAGAAAAUACACUGUGCUUGCCCCUCCCACUCCAAGGACUAACAGUGUUCUGCAAAGCCACGAGCUUCGCUGUUCCUGGUCAUGUGUCAGCAGCAGGUGUUAGAAGAAGAAAAGACAAAAUUUUCAGUAUUUAGUUUUUGCCUGCUUAUUGGUAAUAGUUGGGUAGGGGAUGUGUAAUUGUUCUUUGUUGUUGUUGUUGUUGUUAGGUAAAGAAGGAAAGAUACAUAAAAUUUAAUCUGCUCCACCAAACAUAAAGGGCCACUUUAAAAUGUGAAGGAGCAGAUCCAUUGAAACACAAGCCUCGGCGGUGCCAUUCCAAGUGUACUUGAAAGCAGGCUGUGAAGGGCCUGCUGUGGCUGGCUUCUCACCCGGGGAUCCUGCAGAGCCCCAGGGGAGGCCACCGCUCUUAAGUAUAGGAUCAUAGGGCUGUUCCCCAGGCCAGCGCGGUUCUCCCUUUGGCCCUUUCUGAGCAGGUUCUCCUGGGGACGAGCACAGCCUCUGUCUGAGAUCCAGAACAUUUUUCCUCAUGAACGUGAACACUAGCGACUAAGGGAAUCAACCACAUGGAAAGAGAAGCCCUCUGUCUGCAGAGGCGUUAGGAACACUACCCAUUCUCAGUGCAAGGAACACACCACUCCUAGUCUAGCCACAGAUGCUCUCUUCUUGCUCACCUCGACUCCACUAAGAGGUGUCAAGACCAGCCAGUCCACAAGGCACUCGUGCGCACUGGGGGAAAGCCUAUCUCCUGCAUGGGUAGGGCUUCCUGGGCCAGGGCAGCUCAGGGGGAAGGGUCACAGGCCACCCCUCUUGAGACUGUCCAUCCUUAAGGACUUAGAGGUGCUGAGUGGGACUGGGGUGAGGGCUGGGUAGAUAGGAAAUGGUUGGGUGACUUCUAGUCUACUGGGUAAGCAGAAUUCCUGCCUCUGCCUUAGCACACGGCAAGCGUACCCUCUCACAGUUGGGAUUGUACUCCUUUCAGGUUUGUUUUCAGUAUAAAUACUUGGAUUUUCUUAGGUAUGAGUCAAUACCUGAUCAUUUUAAUUGAUAAUUUUAAUUUAAAAGUUGCAUUUUUAUAUAUGUGUAUAUAUGUGUACACAUAUAAAUAUUUUUUACCAUAUGCAAAUUGCAACAGCUAAUUUUCUGAUUUCCUAUUUUAUAAUGAUACAUGAGCUGGGAAAAUAUAAAGCUUUUAUAUUCUAGAAAUAAUUUAUUUUGAAAGAACAUUUUUACAAUGGUUUCAUCUCAUUUUUAGAAAAUGAAAGCACAGUAAAGUGGUGGGAGCUGAUUCCUAUGAGCAAACGGGAGUAGACAACCCCUGUGGGUCAUUGUAUUGUGGCAUAUAGUCAUGCUUGGUGCUCGGUGGCUCUGUAGUGCAGAGCGUUCUGAGGUCUGAUCUGCGGUGCAGCCUGGCACCCUCCAGCUCCGAUGUCUCAUGUGAUGUGGCAGGAGGGGCUGUGGGAUCCACUCCUUCUCCACCUCACUGCUGCACAGUUUUGUCCCCCGAAUGGCGGGGCCAAGAGCUGCCGAAGAUCAGCGCCAACAGAAUGGUCACACUCUGCUGCAGCCGCUGUUUUCAAGUAUUACCUAAAGCAACUAGUACCUUUGUGGAGCUGGAGUCAGUGAGCAGAAGACGUAGUGCGUCUUUGGGGGAUUUUUGGAACUGUGAUCCUUGUUGAACCCAGAGGGCUCCUGGAAGUCCGUAGCUUGGGAGAAACGAAAGAGACUAACUUUCCAAACACAGAUCUUUAGAACUAGCUUAUCGUGUAGGCGAGUGUGUGGAGGGAGAAGGACAGGAAUGUGGUACUUCCAUAGUCUUACCUUGACUUUGAAGGAUCUAGUCACUACAUUUUGUUGAUAGUACUUAUAAAAUUAUUUUAAACUUAUUUUUUAAGCUAGUCUUUCUUACUUUGGGGGACCAGAAAUGAAAGGAUCUUCUUAUAUUUAUGAUAUAGACAAGUAGAAUGAAAAAAAUUUAAGCCUCUGACUCUUAAGUGUCCUCUCAAUAAAUUAUAUUUUAUUCAAAGUUUUAUCUCCAGCCCAAAACAUUUGUGAGUCCCGUCAUGGGCCGUACACUGUUGUACUAAACUAAACGUGGUGUAUUGACCCUCCAAAGUUCCAUCCCCCUUUAUUUAGAAUUUACAUAAGCCACCCCGGAAGAUGAAGGUAUAGUGUUGUUUAGCCUUCGGAAUGACUUUUGAGUCUGUGAAUGUCUUUAUGAGCAGAAAACAAAACUUUGUCUUAACAUGUCAAGCAUUACAGUUCCUGUGUGAACAGUCUGUUUGUCUGCUGCUCUGGUUCUGAAACAUGUUUGUAUAUAGAUAGAAAAGUUGGCAUCAAUUUUGUUUAAAUAAAGCAACUUUUAAGAUCGUCA